UCUCGUUCGUAUCACUACUGACUGACUUUCGCUAGUGGCAGUUCUACUCACUUCAGCAUGGCGGUUGGCUUAUUUGCGGUUCUGUUUUGUUUUGUGGCGGCGGCCAUUUCGGCGACGCACGAGACGUCCGCCUGCAGCAGGAGAGACUCUGUGGCAGCGGCGAGAUUCGCCGUCCACGUCAUCAACGCUCAACGACUGCACGGAUUCAAGUUCAAGCUGGUGGAGCUUGUGAGCAGCAAAUAUCAGAAGGACCUGUGGGGAGUUUGCUACAUUGCGUUGAAGGUGAAGCUGUUGCAGACCAAAUGUCACUUCACCAACCCCAAAUCUCACGAACGAUGCGACCUCUUCAGACCCGAUGAAAGGGGUGCGGCGGCCACAUGCGACGUCAAGCUUUACGUCAUGGGGCGUGUGGGCACAGUCACCCGAUACAACUGCGUGACCAAACCAGAGCCCUCCAACAAAGUGUUGGCUCAGAUUUGCCCCGGCUGCCCCACCCUGUCGCCUCUGGAUGACCCGACGGCCUUGAAGGCGGCACGGGAAGCGACGCUCCGCUUCAAUCGGGAUGGCAAGCGUCGCAAUUACUUUGCCCUGAUGGAAGUGGCUCAAGUCCUGACUGGGUACAUCGUUCACACGGGCACGAUCACCUGGCUCCAAUUGGUUCUGGUGGAGACGAUGUGCCUCAGAGAGGACGGCCUCAGAAACCGCAACGUCAACUGUGCGCCUCGAUGCCCGGACAAAGCGACUUACUACUACUGCCUCACAGACUAUGACGAGGUCAAAGAAGUACUGGGAGACCUGGAUUGUGACAGCUAUUCAAAAAAUCCCAGGCCCACGGCACCGGACGCUUGGGAGCCCACUUGCCAACUCUUCAACCAAAGCCCGAAAGCUUCCGCUUGCAAGGCGCAACUGAACGACCCCAACCCAGACAAGUCUGUCCACCACAUUUGUCCCUUCCCACUUAAGUGAUCAUUAAAAGAGGGCAAA